AUGUUUGCCAGGAGCCGUCUUUUCGUGGCUACAAAACGAUGGAGUUCAGCUGCAGCCAACGUGAGUUUGAUGUAGAUAUAGUUUGUGUUCUUGCAUUGAAUAACCGAGGGGAAUGGUAUUGAAAUAAACACGUAUUAUCUAUUGACCAGAUAAGAUCGUGUUUAUUAACUCACUGGAGAAACGUAUUUCUUUCUUCAGUUUAAAGGUAUAUUGUUUUCCAUGAUCAAGAUGUUUGCGAACGUGUUACCUUGUGGUUUUUAAACUGUUCUUUUGUAGAUGGCUUUCAAAAACAACCCGAUCGUUCCACCAGACCAGCUUCUUCAACCUGUUAACAUACCAGUCAAGAAGCUGUAUGGUCCAGGGCCAAGUAACGUCAGAAAAGAGGUGGGAGAAGCCCAGACUCAGCCAAUGUUGGGUCAUUUGCAUACCGAGUUCCUGAAGGUCAUGGACGACGUCAGGGAGGGUGUCAAGUACGUAUUCCAGACCAGGAAUCCAUUGACUUUCGUCGUCAGCGGAACAGGACAUGCGGGAAUGGAGUGUGCUUUGUUAAACUGUCUCGAAGCAGGUGAAAGGCUUUUGGUCAUCAGAAAUGGACUAUGGGGAGAGAGAGCGGCUAGUCUGGGGAAGCGGUUGAACUUGAACGUGCACGUUCUCAGCGUGCCUGACGGUGAAGUGGCUACUUUGGAUCAAUUUGAAAAGGUAUUUACACAAGUGAUCAGAUAGUCUAUAAUGUAACGUCAUAGUAAUUGAAAAUAAUUGCAAAUUCGGAAAAUACAGUAAAAACAUAAAACUUGAAUAUAAAAUUAAAUAUUAUAUUUUAAUCUUUCUAUUUAUUUUAUUUUAAUCUUUCUAUUUAUUUUUUGACCAAAAAAUCCUUUCAGGAAGUAGAAACCUUCAAACCUCACGCUGUAUUCGUAUGUCAAGGAGAAAGUAGUACCGGUGUUUUGCAUCCUCUAGAAGGCUUCGGCCCUAUUUGUCAUCAAAAUGGGGCUUUAUUAGUCGUGGAUACUGUAGCUUCGUUGGCUGGAGCGCCAUUCAAAGCCGAUGAACUUGAAGUGGACUGUGUGUAUUCGGCUACACAAAAAGCUCUGAAUGCUCCACCAGGACUUGCUCCUAUUUCUUUUUCUGACCUGGCUGUGUAAGGAUAUACUAUAGUCAUAUAGCUGUAAUAGAAUACAUACAGGUUUUUAUGAUAGGUUGCAAGUCGCUUGUAGGAUUAACUCAUUAUGUAAAUCUCUUUCCUCAUUAUGAAUCUCAAUGUAAAAUAUUUAGACAAAAGUUGAGAAACCGCAAAACGCCUGUGGCCUCAUUUUACUUCGACGCUCUUGAACUCGGUAACUAUUGGGGCUGCUUCGGUGAGGCCAGAAGAUACCAUCACACAGGAAUGGUAUCUCUCGUAUAUGCCCUCAGAGAAGCCUUGGCAGCUGUAGCUGUUGAAAGAAUCGACCAGUCGGUAGAACGCCAUCAAGCUAAUGCCAAGAUAUUGUACCAAUUACUCAAUGAUAACGGCUUUGAAUGCUUCGUCCAAAAAGAAGUAAAUGAAUUCAAUAUCAUCUUUUACAGUGAACAUAUAUGAGCAUAACAUGUAUAUUCUUCUACGUUUCGGUUAACAAAAAAAAAACAUUUUGUUUCAGGAAAACCGAUUACCAUGCUUGACAACAGUUAAAGUGCCAGAGGGAGUCGAUUGGAAAAGUGUCCAAGACAACUUAAUGUCCCAAAAAUGGGAAAUUGCCGGUGGACUUGGAGCCACUGUUGGAAAAAUCUGGCGUAUUGGAACGUUCGGCUUAAACUCAGAUCCCCAACGUUUCCACCAGCUUCCAACUUUGUUAAAACAAGCUGCAAAGUUGUAA